GAUCAUAACCCGCUCACGCAUUGCUCAGGUAUGCAUCGGUUCCCGAAAUAUAAAAUAAAACUCGGUCAUAGCUAAACAUUCAGAACGGUUUCGAUCGCUUGCUGUAUUGGACGACGGAGAGUGACCAAAGUGACCUGCUUGAACAAUAACCCACCACAUUGUCAUGAGGCUGUACCGCGUUGGACCGGUUCUGUUGCUUGCGGUAUUAAUUAGUUGUCAAUUGGUAAGUUGUGAAAGUGACGGUAAUGAAUCGUUGGACAGUGCUACCGAAACGAUCGAGAUUUGCACCAAAGAUGUGCCGGAUUCGAAGCAAAUACCCGUGACUACCGAGACGAACAAGCCUUUGGUUGAAAUGAUAACUAUAUCUGACCCACUUACUGAUGUGAUCGCGUUUGAAGAAAGCGACGCCAACCGUUUCUUCGAUGUCCUGAAAAAGCAGAUGAAAUGCGGCUAUCCCAAGUUCGGAGUACCAUCGAUGGUUCCACUUAAGCUGAGCUACAAAUUCAAAACAUCUCUGGAUUUGCUCAGUCUUAAAAAAGUCCAAAUCAGUGCUUCCAACUUCGUGAUCCACGGAUUGGACAACUUUAGCUGGAAAUCGUCAAACACUUCCUUCAGUCGUAGCAAAGCCAAUCUUAUGCUGAACUUCCCAAAUGUCACGGUCACUGCUGAUACCUCGCUGAACCGAGCCAACGGAACCUCGCGGCUCUCGUUGUACGACAUCCUGGUCUACGUGGAAACCAAAUACGAAGAGAAAGAUGAUCAACUGUAUGUCACCGACCUAGAUGGCGAUCUAGCUGUGCGUGCUGCUACAGUCAAACUAGAUCACCUGUUCCCGAAAAGUGCCAAACUGACCAGAAUUUGGAACAAAGCCAUCGGAGACUCGCUCCCGGUGGUGACCAAGCUGAUCACCUCCAGGAAGCUGAGUGUGGAUUUCAUCAAUCGAAUCAUUAACGGAUCCAGGUACUACGUGAUGAACACCAUCAACACCGCGCUGACGACGUACAAAAUGAGCUUCGACCGGCUGGUGGAAAGUAUCCAGCGGUUCUCGGACAAAACGUACGAUUCGCUGAUGUGCAACGAAGAUGAUCUGGUGGAGCAGUCCAGGGUGCUGUAAGGUUGUCCGCGUUGAUUGUAGCAAUAAGUGUUAUUUAUUUUUGAAUUACAUAAUUUAUUUAUCACUGAU